AGAAAAAUCUUCCUCGCUGUCUGCACUCUGCUAUGUGGUGCGGAGAUCGCCGAUAUUAACGUGGGAAACAAACCCGAACCUGCGCGGCGGCGAUCAUUAAGUAUUGUCGUCGCGCGGAAAAAAUCCUCGUCGUCGUCGACCAUCGUACGCUCUCAGCUGCCAUCGCCCGAUGCGCUCCGCACAUGUGCUCGCAGUGCGUGUCUUCCAUUGAUAGACCUGUAGAGGUAUCAGGCAUUGUGUAUACUCGACGAUAUCACGAAAUCGUUGAAAGUAUCACUCACAAUUAUUAGAGAGAUACGCUUAUUACAGAGAGAUGAAGAUAAUAUUAAAAUAUAUAUGACCAUAAAGAUCAACGCUCUAUAAAGAGAUAACCUAAUUGGAUUGAUUGACGGAAAGCUGCUAUAAACUUAGAAGUUGGAGAAUGAUUGAGUACACUCAAAUUAAGGAGGCAAAAGAAACCUGUUUGUCCGAGGGGAGCAAAAAAUGCCAAGUUCUGCUUUUCGAGUGCACAAGCUAAACUCAUGAUAAUGUUGACACGAUACGAUAGUUCUUGAAGCAUUUUAUUUUAUUCCACAUAGAGGAAAAUACUUGCGAGUUUGAUUGAAUUUUCAUGUUUUGAGUUUUGCACAAUUGCAUCAUACAAAGGAAUUUUACAAGCUGAAAUGAAAUAAAAUAAUUAUUGCAAAGGAAGUUUGCGGUUUUAUAUUUGUCGCUACAAGUUCUGCAACGAAGUCUUGUGUAGAAUAGAAAAUACAUCGCCUUCUUUCGUGAUUCCUCGCAAGGCUCAGCUGCAACGAUGACCUAAAUCGAAGCUCGGGUUACAGAAACAAUAAUCAGUUAACUACGUUAAUUAAUGCCGUCGCGGCAGACCCGCAUCGACAACGGUGAUAGAAGAAUUUACACGAUGAGCUUGUAAAAACUUGUUCACAUCUUCAAUUAAACAUCGGAAAACCCGUUUUAAAGUAAAAAGACUAAGAAAGAAGAUAUUUCAAAAUGAAAUAGAUUCUGAUGCGUAAAACGGCUUCUACGCAUCAUCGUAGUACGUAAAAGGAGCAAUGUAGAGUGGUAUAUUUGGAGAUUUUCGAAUACGACGGGGUUGUUCUUGUCCCGGGUGGAGCCGGUACGCGGCAUCCAAGGUGUCCCGGGGCCCCACGCGACAUCCCUGAGUAAGGCGGGGCCCUCGUAUACCGCGAAGAGAGCCAUGGCGGAAGGGAAUGGGGAAAUAAAAAUGGAAGAAAAACAAGAAAUGGAAAAUGUGGAACGGACAGAAGAUUUUAACAAACUUAUGCAAUACGGACUGGAUGAAAAAGUGGCUGCCAAACUCGACGAAAUUUAUAAGACGGGGAAAUUGGCUCAUGUGGAUUUGGACGAAAGAGCUCUUGACGCUUUGAAGGAAUUUCCAGUGGACGGUGCACUAAACGUGCUUACACAAUUUCUGGAAUCUAAUCUGGAACAUGUAUCUAAUAAAUCGGCAUAUCUUUGCGGAGUAAUGAAGACAUACAGACAGAAGAGUCGUGCUGGUCAAGGUACGGGCACUAGUACGACACCUAAGGCUCCUGAUGAGGACAAAAUCAAGAUGAUCCUGGAAAGAACAGGUUAUCCUUUAGAUGUAACUACUGGACAAAGAAAAUAUGGUGGUCCUCCACCGAAUUGGGAAGGUCCGACACCUGGUACUGGUUGUGAGGUAUUUUGUGGCAAAAUCCCAAAAGACAUGUACGAAGAUGAAUUAAUUCCGUUGUUUGAAAAAUGCGGAAAAAUUUGGGACUUGAGACUGAUGAUGGACCCCAUGUCAGGUUCCAACAGAGGAUACGCAUUUAUCACAUUUACUAACAGGGAAGCUGCGCAACAGGCUGUUCGAGAGCUCGAUAAUCACGAAAUAAAACCCGGCAAGAGUCUGAAAGUAAACAUUAGCGUUCCUAAUCUACGACUUUUCGUGGGGAACAUACCAAAGUCAAAAGGCAAAGAGGAGAUCUUGGAGGAAUUUGGUAAAUUAACAGCUGGCCUGACGGAGGUGAUUAUCUACAGCUCACCGGAUGACAAAAAGAAGAAUAGAGGUUUUUGCUUUUUGGAGUAUGAGUCUCACAAAGCAGCUUCCUUAGCCAAACGAAGGUUGAGCACUGGACGUAUCAAGGUUUGGGGAUGUGAUAUUAUUGUCGAUUGGGCGGACCCUCAAGAGGAACCGGACGAACAGACCAUGUCCAAAGUACGUGUACUUUACGUACGAAAUUUGACGCAAGAUUGUUCCGAAGAGAAACUGAAGGAAAGCUUCGAACAAUAUGGCAAAAUCGAACGAGUGAAGAAAAUCAAGGAUUAUGCUUUUAUACACUUCGAGGAUAGAGAUAACGCUGUUAAGGCAAUGAACGAGUUGAACGGCAAGGAAAUGGGUGGAUCCCACAUAGAAGUUUCAUUGGCAAAACCACCAUCCGAUAAGAAGAAAAAGGAAGAGAUGCUGCGCGCUAGGGAAAGACGAAUGAUGCAAAUGUUACAGGGCAGAGGCGGUUCUCCACCUUACAGUGGAUCUCCAUCUCACCCGAGCAUGAUGGGAGGACCAAUGCCAGUACGUGGGCCGACACAAGGACCUCGGGGCACCGGCGCAGGUAUGCGUGGACAAAUGGGACGAGGCGAUUACGAUUAUGAUUACGACUAUUACGGUUAUGGGGAUUAUCGAGGUGGAUACAGUGAUCCCUAUUACGAUGACUAUUAUCGAUACGAAGAUUACUAUUUCGAUUAUGCACCGCCUCCGCCGCCUGCCAGAGGGAGAGGCAGGCAGCCUCAACCGGCUGGUCGUGGCCGUGGAGUAGUGCCACGUGGCCGAAUCGGUGGCCCGCAAGCCCGUGGGCCAGUCAGGGGGGGACGCAACCCCGCAGCUUCAGGGGCCCGUGGGGUCCAGCGGCUGGCCGCUCGUGGGGGGGUCCGCGCCAAGGGAAGUUUACCAGGUGAGGAUGCAGGUAAACGAAAAUUUGACGGGGGUCACCAGAACCAGGGGGAAUCUAAGCGUCGCUUCCAGAGCAACUGGGGAAACCAGCCCCUCGCCCAACAACCACUGGGCAAUGCGUACGGAUUGGCGAGUGUGAAUGGUGGCAGUGGUGGUGGUGGCGGUGACAUAGGUUUCGGAGGCAGAGCCGGCGCGCUCGGCGGUGUUUCCGGCGACGAUCACGAAUGGUAUCAAGACUCCUACCAGUCGUGGAGCUAACUUCUGCAAGCCUGUGAGUGAUGAAAAACAUACGCACGUACGAACAAAUGCAUGAUAGACGAAGCGAGGAAGAGAAAACAUAUUAAAAAAUAAGGGGAAGGAAAAAAACUAAAAUCAGACUGACUGAGCGCAAAGAGAGAGAUAGAGGGAGAGAGAGAGAGGAAGGAAGGGAGAGAAAGAGAGAGAGAGAGGAGAGACUCGAGACUCGAUGGGAAGGAAAAAAGAUCAUCCAUUUGUAUUAUUAUCGCCCUUAAUCGAUCCUAAUAAUUGUAAAUGUUUUUUCAUAUAUUAAUAAUACGCAGCAACUGUACUCUGCGCCACCACCAUCGCCCGCUGUUGUUGUGAUUAUGUACAGUGAUGUGCCACUGAGACUAAUUAUUACAUCGGAGUGUGACCACCCACCCACCCCGUACUAUUAUUAUUAUUAUUAUGAUAAUACUAAUCUAAGUACCACUACUGCAUUGUCACAUUGUUUACUGCCAAGUGAUGAAGAUCAGCGAUGUUGACAUAGGGAUUGUGAUGGCUUGUAUUAGUUAAGAGAACUCAUGGAAGCCUGCGGUUUAUUACGCGAUGACUAGAGUUUUUUGAAUCUACGUGACGCGAAGCGUGUGUGUUAGAUAGAUUGAGGGGCAAAAUAGGUAGCGCGGAAGGGAAAGAGAUUUAGAGACGAAAUGAUUAACGAUAGAGGAGGCGGAGAUUCGACUUUAGGGAAGCGAAAAAAAUGUAGUAGGCAAAUGUGGUAAGCGCGUAGGCAAGCAGACGGCGCAGGGCGAGAAUGCGAUAUUUAGUGAGCAUGAGAGAGGGAUGAGCGUUUGACGUAUUUGCAAGAGACGGAGAAAGAGAGAGAGAGAGAGAAAGCGAGCGAGAGAAAGAGAGAGAGGUUGUCUUUAAGCGGAAUGUGUCUGUGUGUGUAUGUGUGCGUGGAGCGCGCCAAGCGCGCCGCAAGACCUUCUAUUGUUGGUCUAUAAAUGUGUACAGUCAGUGAAACUAUUAUUAUUAAGAGUCAGGCAAAGUUUUGCGAAAGUAGCGAGUGUGAAACGUUGCAAGCCAACGGCUCUGCGGGUGUCUCCCAGAUUUUAGGUUUUGGUUAUCGGUCACGCGAGGGUUUUUAUUGGAUAAGAAAAGAGAGGAAAAAAGGGGAAAAAAAGAGAGUAUUGCUCACGAUCGAGAUGAAACCCACUUGUACAGUAAAUUUUUUCAAUGACAGCAUCCAAGUAGUAAGGCAAACUCGGAUCCAAAUCGUAAUAUAUUUAUUUGUUGAUGUGUUUCUUUUUUUUUAUAAUUGAAAAUUAAGAGAUUGAUCGUUGAAAACAAAUCAAAGACGAACCUAUAACCCUUUAGGUUUAGUUAAAAAAAAAAGUGUAUUGUUUUUUCUAAAUUUUAUGUAAAAAGUGAAAUUUGUUUCUCAUAUUCUUUUACAAAAGAUUAAAAAAAGAAAAGAGAGAGAGAGAAAGAGAGAGAGAAAGGAGAGGAAAGUUUUUAAAGAUGACUGAAUUUGAUAAUGAUAGUCACGGAUUGAAGUAGGAUGUAAAAUGUAAUGUUUACAAAUGCAUGAACACAUACAGCACACAUUUUGAGUGUUGACUUGUUGUUAUUGUUAGCCUGUUAGUUAAUUAGUAAGAGUUGUAAGUGCGGGCUGUAGUUGGUCCCUGUCCCUGGAGCCCAGACACCCCCUGUUCUGGAUGAUUAUUUGAAAAAGGGAAGAAAAAAAAAACGAAAACAUAUGCAAAUCAUUUGUAUUUUACACGCACCCCCGGAAUAUGAAGACAAAUAUACGACGUAAAGACGAAGGAAAGAAAAAAAAAAGCGAAAAAAAUGGAUAUUGUAAUAACGGAAUAUCAGCAUAUCAGACUCCUGUUUAUUGUAACACACCAAACGAGACGACAACCGCAUGUGUAACAAUUUUAUUAUUAUUGGCCCCGGAUCAGAUUUUUUGAUACAACAAACGUAGGAUCGACGAUGAUAUGUGUAUGUGAUACGAGUAUCGAGUAUGAUUCUACAAACCGAACGAUUAUGCCACAGAACCGACCAAUCAGAGAUACAAGAGAUCGCAUAUAUAUCGCAUUGUAACAUGAAAUCACCGUAUAUGAUUAACAGACUCAGAAAACACUCACCACACACACACAAUAUGGAAAAAAAAAUACGAAACGAUAGACGCACCACGGACAAAGCAAAAAAUGUCUGGAUGACGAUCGAUUGUUUGCCCAACCUCGUAUUUAUGAGCAUUUUGUUAAUUUUUAUUCAUGUUUUACUUAAGUCUAAUUCUUCGUCAUCGAUACUGUUUUUUACUGAUAGCGAUGAAUUUAACCGCAUCUAGUAGUAACGAUUAGACGAGAAAACGAGAGAGAAAGAGAGAGAGAGAGAAAGAGAGCGAGCGAGCGAGAGAGAGAGAAAUUCCCCCGUUCUUAUAAACAUCCUGUCCCCAGUAAUUGCGAUCAUUGUUUCGAAAAGCGAGGAAAAAAAAGUAAAAAAAAGAAGAAACGAAAGGAAAAAUCCGAGCGAAUUGCGAAAUCGCGUUUGCGUUAGCUAUCUACUUUUUCAUUCCUCUCGUGCCCCCCUUUUCCACAUCACCCCCUUUUACUGAUUAUUCGCUUACUAUAUUUUAUAUCUACCUACCUACUCUAUUUACCUACACACCCUAUUUAUAAAAGCAUAAUAUCGAGGAUAUAAUAAUAUUAAUAUUAACAAUAUAAUAAGGAUGAUAUUGCUAAUCAUAAUUGAGUGGGUUUUUGUGACACAUGAUAAUAUUCCAAUAUAAAAGAAGAAAAUUCUGGUUUUUUUCCGUGCAGAGAAAAAAGAAUUGUAAUUAAUAAAAGGGAAUAAUAAGAGCAUGAUAGAGUAAAAAGAAUAAAGGCAAAAAAAAAAGGAAAGCAAGAGGAUAAUGUUAUAUGUAAUUACACAUGUAUACACACACACAUACAUAGAUGCAGAGAUACGAUUAAAGAGAGAGUUCGGCUUGCGGGGGCAAGGAAGCAUAACUUGGCUAAAGCGGAGACAGUUCACGGUGACGAGAUUCUUAGACUGAUCUAGGAUACUAGCGUUUAUCGAUAAUACCACCGCGGCCCCGCCCCGGUUAGGAAGGCACCCCAAAGGUAUCCACUAUAGCACUCCCUCCCUCCUCUCGCUCAUUCCGCACCCCCUCACCCCCGCCCGUUUCUCACUCUCACCCCCCCCCCCUUUGUUCCUUCUUCCCGGUUUCCGCUCUCAUCCAUCCUCUUUUAUACUCUGAUAACCGGUGUGGCAGCUGGGGUGCCUGGGGGGAAGGGGUUUAUCGGUCGCAUUUUAGGAUAAUGCACCACACACACACACUGUGGCUGGCGAUGCCGUUAGCCGCGCGCGCGCGCCCUUUCUUUUUUUUGCCCGGCCAACGCCCCGAUUACAUAAUGAUAAUAAUAAUAAUAAUUAUUCGCGGCACAACACGUCCUCUCUUCGGGAAGAAAAAGAAAAAGAAAAAAAAGAUAGAAGUAAAAUCAUCGUCACAUUAUUCGGGGCUCGUCAUCUCGCGGUUGGCCACCUCUCACGUGUCAGGCGGAUGUUGUGUGAUCCUUGGGCCGAAACGUUAGUAGUUGCGAACGAUAGUUCGAAGCGGCCCGCGAACCACGUGUUUUUUUUUUAAUUAUAUAUAAAUAUAUAUUAUAUUCCUGCGAAUAUGCAUUUUUGUGACGUGAUGUUAUUUAGCACUAAUUAACGAGAAAGAAGGAAAUCGAUACGAUAAUAACGAAGGAUUCAAUAAGAAAAAAAAGAAAAAAAAACACCCACCCCCAAACCCCUGAAAAGGAUAAAGAAAAAAAAUAACGAAUGAUAUACACAUUGUACAUGUUAUAUUUUUUUGCGCUACGUGUCAGCUCCGCGGCUAUAUAUAAAAAAAAACGAAAAAAAAACAGACGUGCAAAAUUCUCACCGCCAAAUUCGAUCAUAUCAUUGCUAAUUGUAAUUUUGCGUUUUUUUUCUCGGAUUCUUUAUUAUUCACCUCCUCUACCAAUUGCUUUGCUUUUUAAUUCCCGCAAUUUUUUUUAUUUCUCCAAGUUGCCCCUAAUUUUAGUGUGAAACGUAGUUAAACAUAAUGAUUAUAAUGAUGAAUUUAAAGAAAAAAAAAAACGAAUGUUAUAACAUGGUUCCUUUUUUUCGGGCUAGGAGCUUGAUUUAAAGUGUCAAAGAUUUUUGUGUAUGACCAGAUGUAUUCUACAUGUCUCAAUAAACAGUUGUAUGUGAAUUACCUUU